GCGUUACGUCAGCACGCGUGAGCCCUACGGCUGGGUCUCUGGACUGGAAGGUGGGGGCGUUCUUCGCGCGUCAGUGUCUCACCUCCUGCGGGCUUGUAGAUUUCCGACCUCAUGGCGGAGAUAAUUCAGGAACGCAUAGAAGAUCGAAUUCCCGAGUUGGAACAGCUGGAGCGCAUUGGGUUGUUCAGUCACGCGGAGAUUAAGGCUAUCAUUAAGAAAGCUUCUGAUCUAGAAUACAAAAUACAGCGAAGAGCACUUUUCAAGGAAGACUUUAUCAAUUAUGUUCAAUAUGAAAUUAAUCUUUUGGAGCUGAUCCAGAGAAGAAGAAGACGCAUUAAGUAUUCAUUUAAGAAGGAUGAGAUUGAGCAUUCUAUUGUGCAGCGGGUACAAGGUGUCUUCCGACGAGCUUCAGCAAGGUGGAAAGACGAUGUUCAGCUUUGGCUCUCCUAUGUAGUUUUUUGUAAGAAAUGGGCUACCAAGGCUCAGCUUAGCAAAGUAUUCUCUGCCAUGUUGGCCAUUCAUUCAAACAAGCCAGCUUUGUGGAUUAUGGCAGCCAAAUGGGAAAUGGAAGAUCGCUUGUCUUCAGAAAGCGCAAGGCAAUUAUUUCUUCGGGCUCUUCGCUUUCAUCCAGAAUGCCCAAAACUCUAUCAGGAAUACUUCAGGAUGGAGCUGAUGCAUGCUGAGAAACUCAGGAAGGAAAAACAAGAAUUUGAAAAAGCUGACAUGGAUAUGGGAGAUUUUGAACAUCCUGAAGAAAUUCUUAAGGGCGAGUUGGCACGGAUCGUUUACAAAAAUUCCAUAAGCAAGAUUAAAGGUGCAGAAUUUCAUGUGUCACUACUUUCAGUUGCACAGCUUUUUGAUUUUGCCAAAGAUCUACAAAAAGAAAUUUAUGAUGACCUUCAGGCUCUACACACAGAUGACCCCCUCACUUGGGAUUAUGUGGCACGGCGAGAACUAGAGAUUGAGUCCCAGCCAGAGGAGCAGCCUUCAACAAAACAAGCCAAAGCAGCGGAGGUGUGCCGAAGGGAGGAGAGGUGCUGUGCGGUGUAUGAGGAGGCAGUGAGGACUCUGCCUACAGAGGGCAUGUGGAAGUGUUACAUCAACUUUUGCUUGGAACGAUUUUCUAAGAAGACGAGUAGUGAGUUCCUCAAAAGGAAGAGGCUGGAAAGAACCAUGAUUACAUUUAGGAAGGCACAUGAACUCAGACUUCUCUCAGAACUCCACUACACGCAGUGGAUUGAGUUGUUGCUGCGACGUGACCUUUUUACGGAAGCUCUGGAGGUGGCAGAAACUGGGACUGAAUUGUUCAAGGACUCUGUGACGAUGUGGCAGAAGAAGCUGCAGGUGCUGAUUGAGUCCAAGAGCCCAGAUAUAGAGAAGAGUUUUGAAGAAGCCUUUGUGCACCUGAAACCCCAGGUGUGUCUGCCCUUGUGGAUUUCUUGGGUGGAGUGGAGUGAAGGUGCUGAAAACCAAGAAGACACAGAAGCUAUUUUUAAGAAAGCUAUUUUGGCUGUCACAGGUGCCAGCUCAGUAACUCUGAAAGAUAAAUACCUGGACUGGGCUUAUCGAAGCAGUGGCUACAAAAAGGCCAGAGCUGUGUUCAAGAGUUUACAGGAAAUUCGUCCAUUUUCAGUGGAUUUUUUCAGGAAAAUGAUCCAGUUUGAAAAGGAGCAAGAAUCUUGCAAGAUGCUGAACUUAAGAGAGUAUUAUGAGAGGGCUUUGAGAGAGUUUGGAUCUACAGAUUCUGAUCUUUGGAUGGAUUACAUCAAAGAAGAGUUGAACCACCCCCUUGGUAGACCUGAGAACUGCGGACAGAUCUACUGGCGAGCCAUGAAAAUGUUGCAGGGAGAGUCAGCAGAGUUGUUUGUAGCUAAACAUGCUAUGCAUCAGGCUGGCCAUUAGUGAAGAGACAAAUACAACCAACUAUGAAGUUGUACUGCAAGCGUUCUGGGCAGAUUGUAUUGUGAAACAAUCUGUAAAGUGUUCAGAGUUGGCACACAAGAUGGCUGAUUUUUGAGACACGCUUUACUUUUGUAUGACUAUGUUAAUGUUUAGUUCCAGAAAAGAGAAUUUCUUAUUAAAUGGCUGCUUGUUGAGACCGGA